AUGGAUCCCUUUCGCGUGCGCCUUAACUGCAUCGACCAUUACCAAGCCACCGCGUCGGAGCUAGACCCUCCACUGCCCUGUCGAGAUGGUGCAUCUGCGAAAAACUACCAGCCUAGGGUGCCUGUGAUUCGCGUGUUUGGUGCCACAGAAACCGGUCAACGAGUAUGCGUUCACGUUCAUGGCGCAUUUCCAUAUCUGUACAUCGAGUACAAUGGGUCUCUGGAGACCGAAGCGGUGAAUUCGGCGAUUCAAACACUUCAUCUCUCGAUCGAUCAUGUCUUGGCUGUCAGUUAUCGUCGCAAUGCGUAUGACCAGAAGACUGCAUACGUCGCACACGUCACCCUCGUGAAAGGGAUACCUUUUUAUGGAUACCAUGUGGGAUACCGGUUCUUCUUUAAGAUCUACCUUCUGAAUCCCUUCUACAUCACCCGCCUAGCCGAUCUCCUCCACCAAGGCGCGGUGAUGAAACGACCACUACAACCAUAUGAAAGCCAUAUGCAAUAUGUUCCGCAGUGGAUGUGCGACUACAACUUGUACGGUUGUAACUAUAUGGACUGCUCAAAAGUCAAAUUUCGAGCACCAGUACCAGAAUACCUGGAGCUGAACAACCUGGAACAUCGUUGGCAUGACCGGUCGAUUGAUCCCGAGAGCAUAAUCGAUGACCCCGCUCUUGGAAAGCAAAGUCACUGCGCCUUAGAGGCAGACGUUUGCGUACAGGACAUUCUUAACCGACUUGAUGUCAAGGAACGUCCUUUACAUCAUGACUUCACAGAGAUGCUACAACCAGUUGCUUUCAAUGAGCGACUCGUUCCUAGCGUAGCUGGGCUAUGGCAAGAUGAGACGAAGAGACGCAAAAAGAGAAUGGGGAUAAUUGACCCAAACAGUAGCCCUUUCGGGCCGGAAGAUUUAAUCUCGAUGUCCGCGGAUCCCAGAAACAAGUCCAAAGGAGGGUGGAUACAUGAAGAUGAGUUUCGUGAGAUGGCAGACCAGAUCGCAGCAGAUGAGAAGCACAGGGAUAAUGAGAAAGACAUAUGUUUUGAUACGAUCCUGAGCACAGAUAAACAUGCCGCCAAUAUCAAGACUGCUUUGAGCAGCGUUGAGGAUUUCUUCCCGCAAAAAUUUGGCCAAUCCACUUUCCACGGCCAACCUUCAAAAUCCGAUGGACUGCCUCGAAUAUCUGUGGAUGAGGAGGUCGCUCUGUUCACUCAGUCAAAGAGAUCCCGGGAACAUGAUCAAGUGGAUAAUGCCUUUGAAAUCGGAGUCGAAGAAGAAAAUUCUCAGACAAAGAGAAACAUGCUGGAAGAAAGCUUCUACGAUGGUGUUUUUGAUGAUGUUGUCAAUGUAGAAGAUCCUACAAGCCAUGAAGUUGCUCAACCCGAAUUGGACUCGCGGACCAAUGGGGAUCCAACUAAGCACUCUUCAUCAUUGUCUUCCGAGGAAUACCAGGAAGCCGGGUUAGAAGGAACCAAAGAAAGCCAAAAUAUUCUGAAGCGAAGAUCUGAAGAGCACGUCUUUCCUGACCGAUCAUCCGUCAAGAAGCCGAGAUUCUGGAGCAUCUAUGAACCACCGCAAUCAUCAAGAAAGCCAAUCGACAGGGGUAAAAUUGAAGACGAAGAACAUACAGAAGCCCCGCGUAAGCCUGUAUCUGCAUCAUCUGAGCCAAAAUCAUCCUCUUCGCAGAGAACAAUUCGCGCCAAGGCGCAAAACCCUAUUACCCGACUAAAUUAUCCCGUUGUGAAGGAUCCCAAUGACCCUUUAACUAUCCUUCGAUUCAGUCAAAGUCAAAAUGACUCUCAAUUUUCGAAGAAAGCAUCGCAAUCCUCCCAGCACAUGCCCAGCUCGUUACCAUCUAGCUCCGCUACACGCGACGCAGGCAAUAAUAAAGACUUAAGCAAUAAUAACGAGAAAGCAUUCUCUUCAUUGACAGGCUCUUCCUCUACGGUGGUGGGAAUCCCUGCACUGAAUUCACACAUCGCUGGACUGAAGGAAAAUCUCGCCGAUUCAUUCGAGUUCCUGCCGGACAAAGCCCUGUGUCUUUUUAAACUCGCAGGUCCAGGUAGCAAUGAUGUUAUUUCCACUAUGGAUGUUUAUGGUCGUCCUCCAGUCGUCUAUCAGAAGGCAUACUAUAGCGAUGAGACUGAUGUGCCUGAAAGGCCCCGGCAAUAUGCGGGGCGGGAGUUUCGACUGGAAAGCAAUACAAUCCACUUUCUCCCGCACUUCGACCCGUCGGGAAGUCUACCUGCAAUGUCUGGUGAGCAAUGUCCGAUAACUCUAGACCGAGAGCAGCAAGAAACAGCCGAUCGACGACUACGACAAUCGUGCACCAUUAGAGAAUGGGAGUUUGCGCCUGUUCCACCGAGUCGAGCUGAAGUUAUUGAGUGGCUUGAGCAACAUGAACAGUCCCAUGAUGUCACACUAACAGUAAAUAGUCUUCCACCAGAACCUAAGCCUGAAUUGCUAUCGCAAAUUGAGGGACCAACACAGAACCGUCAUGGCUUUAAAUACUCACAAAAGACCAAGAAGACCAGCGUGGAACAUCAAAUUCAGUACAUGAGCACAAUGAGCUUAGAAGUGCAUGUGAAUACUCGUGGACAGCUAUCAGCCAACCCCGCGGAAGACGAGAUUUCUUGCAUCUUUUGGUGUGUUCAGUCCGAAGACGUGGACAUCGAAGUCAACAGCCACCUCCCUGGUGUCCAUGUUGGCAUCGUAUACCAAGGCGAGGGUGAGAGACCGGAGGCCAAGGUCUCCAAAGCACUUAAGAUUGACAUGGAACACGAGCCAACGGAGCUUGACCUGAUCAAUCGCCUGAUUGAUAUUGUCCGCGAACAUGAUCCGGACAUUAUCACUGGCUACGAAGUGCACAACGGUUCUUGGGGCUAUGUGAUUGAGCGUGCUCGGAAGAAAUACGACUUCGAGCUUUGUGACGAGAUCUCCAGGGUGAAGGCUCAGGCACAUGGAAAAUUUGGCAAAGAAGAUGACCGGUGGGGACAUGGUCACACUUCAUCAAUCAAAGUGACUGGCCGACAUAUGAUCAAUAUCUGGCGUGCGAUGAGUGGCGAGCUCAACCUGCUGCAAUAUACCAUGGAAAAUGUCGUGUUUCACCUUCUGCACCGCCGAAUCCCACAUUACUCUCAUAAAGACUUGACAAAAUGGUACCGAAGCGAAAGGCCUCGAGAUAUUCUCAAAGUCCUCGAUUACUUCACUUCUCGAGUGCAGAUGAACCUUGAAAUCCUUGAAGCUAAUGAGUUGGUUCCGCGCACCAGUGAACAAGCUCGACUUCUUGGAAUAGACUUCUCCUCCGUCUAUUAUCGAGGAUCUCAGUUCAAAGUUGAAUCUCUGAUGUUUCGAAUCGCCAAGCCCGAAAAUUACCUACUUGUAUCGCCAAGUAGAAGGCAAGUCGGGCAGCAGAAUGCUCUCGAAUGUCUGCCACUUGUAAUGGAGCCGCAGAGUGACUUCUACACCAGCCCGCUCGUGGUCCUUGAUUUUCAGUCGCUCUACCCUAGCGUGAUGAUCGCGUACAACUACUGCUACUCGACAUUCCUAGGCAGAGCAUCGUCUUGGCGUGGCCGAGACAAGAUGGGAUUUUUAGACUAUGAGCGACAGCCACGCCUGCUGGAACUGCUUAAAGACAAGAUCAACAUCUCACCAAAUGGCAUGAUGUACGCGAAGCAGGAAGUACGGCAGUCUCUUCUAGCAAAGAUGCUGACGGAAAUCCUCGAGACUCGAGUCAUGGUCAAAACUGGCAUGAAGGCCGACAAAGAUGAUAGAAAUCUACAACGCCUUCUCAACAACCGCCAGCUAGCUCUCAAGUUGAUUGCGAACGUGACUUAUGGCUACACAUCGGCAUCUUUCUCCGGCCGUAUGCCCUGCUCCGAGAUCGCAGACAGUAUCGUCCAGUCUGGUCGUGAAACACUGGAAAAAGCCAUUGCAUUCAUCCACUCAAUAGAAAGAUGGGGUGCCGAGGUAGUGUACGGCGACACAGACAGUCUCUUCGUCUAUUUGAAGGGCCGAACACGCGACCAAGCCUUCGAUAUUGGUGAAGAAAUCGCCCAAGCAGUAACAGACAUGAACCCCCGUCCCAUCAAACUCAAAUUCGAAAAGGUGUACCAUCCCUGCGUCCUGCUUGCCAAAAAGCGCUACGUCGGCUUCAAAUACGAACAUCGCAAUCAAACCGAACCCGAGUUCGACGCCAAGGGUAUCGAAACCGUCCGCCGCGACGGCACUCCUGCUGAACAGAAGAUCGAAGAAAAGGCCCUCAAGAUCCUCUUCCGCACCGCAGACCUCAGUCAAGUUAAAUCCUACUUCCAGCGCCAAUGCACAAAGAUAAUGCAGGGUCGUGUCUCAAUCCAGGAUUUCUGUUUCGCCAAAGAGGUUAAAUUAGGCUCAUACAGUGAACGCGGCACUCUCCCCGCCGGCGCUAUGAUCAGCACCAAGCGGAUGAUCGACGACCCUCGCCUGGAACCGCAGACCGGCGAACGUGUCCCCUAUGUUGUAAUUACUGGCGCGCCGGGCUCGCGACUAGUAGAUCGAUGCGUGGGACCCGAGACGCUCCUCCAGGAUGCCCAGCUCGAUCUUGAUGCGGAAUACUAUAUCUCCAAGAACAUCAUUCCACCACUCGAGCGCAUCUUCAAUCUUGUUGGUGCGAACGUACGUCAAUGGUACGAUGAGAUGCCCAAGGUUCAGCGUAUCCGACGCGUUGAUACUUCUAAAGAAACAAAGAUCAUGAAACGGACGCUAGAAUCAUACAUGCGCUCAUCAUCGUGCGUUGUAUGCAGAGCGAAACUUGACGAUGCUAACGGUUCUCUAUGCGAGGAAUGUCUCCGGCAUCCGCAUCUUACUCUCUUGGGUGUUGUUUCGAGGCUACAGCGUGCUGAGAAACGGGUUGUUGAUCUUGAGGCUGUGUGUCGAUCUUGUAUGGGUGUUUCUGCCGUGGAUGAGGUUAGCUGUGAUAGUUUGGAUUGUCCUGUUUUCUAUUCUCGGACACGCGAUGCGGCUAAUUGGCGUCAUUCGAAGACUGUGCUAGAACCUGUGGUGGAGUUAUUGGAGAACAAGGGAGAAGAGGGAUUGGAUUGGUGA